AUGGCCACCACAGUCGCAUUGCCGACCGUGCAAAUCAACGUCAACUACGCAGAGCUCAAGGCGCAGGCCCAUGACUUCUUCACCCAUUUCAAGGCCUCUUCUGCCGACGAUCCAAUGGAAACCGAAGAUGCACCUACAGGAAUGAAAUACUUGGACUUGUUCCAGAAGAUCGCCAACCGUGAUCUCACCACUCUCUAUGUGGAUCUCGACGAUAUCAAGGCGUACCAGGACCACCAGACGUUCAUGGCACAACCACUUUCCACAGACUUGGUGUACCAGGUGCAGAAGAACGCAUACCACUUCAUCGAGUUGUUCAGCCAGGUCGUGGACGAAUUGAUGCCCGAGCCCACCAAGGAGGUCUCGUACAAGGACGACGUUUUGGACGUGGUGUUGCACCAGCGGAAGUUGAGAAACAUGCGUGUGGAACAGGAACACGCCGAGGAGAUCAACAACUUGCGCACUGGUUUUGGCGCCAACAACGGCGAAGAGCUGCAGCUGCAGAAUGGCGCCACUGCAGGAAACGGCUUGAUGCUGGAGGACUUGUUCCCGGCAAAACUCACUCGUAGAUACCACUUGUACUUCUCUCCCUUGUCGUCCAACACCAAGGCUUAUGCGGUGAGACAAGUGAAGGGCCACCAUGUCGGAAAAUACAUCACUGUGCGUGGUAUUGUGACCAGAGUGUCGGACGUGAAGCCUUCGGUGCUUGUCAACGCAUACACUUGUGACAAGUGUGGAUAUGAGAUCUUCCAGGAGGUGAACUCGAAAACGUUCCAGCCACUCACCGAGUGCACGUCUCCCAUCUGUAAGACAGAUAAUCAAAGGGGGCAGUUAUUUAUGUCGACGCGGGCGUCCAAAUUUCUGUCUUUCCAAGAGGUCAAGAUCCAGGAAAUGUCCAACCAGGUCCCCGUGGGCCAUAUCCCACGGUCGCUCACCAUCCACGUCAAUGGCGACCUUGUGCGUAGCAUGAACCCGGGUGACAUUGUCGACGUCUCGGGUGUGUUUUUGCCUUCUCCCUACACGGGCUACCGCGCUUUGCGCGCUGGUCUUUUGACCGAGACAUACUUGGAGGCGCAAUACGUCAGUCAGCAUAAAAAACAGUAUGAGUCCCUCACUCUUGAUGACGAAACCAAGCAGAAGAUUCUCAACUUGCACAAUGGAGGCGGCGUUUACAACCGUCUUGCCGAGUCUAUUGCGCCAGAGAUUUUCGGCCAUCUCGACGUCAAGAAGAUCUUGCUCCUUCUAUUAUGUGGAGGUGUGACCAAAGAGAUUGGCGACGGUAUGCGUAUUCGUGGUGAUAUCAACGUUUGCCUCAUGGGUGACCCCGGUGUGGCCAAGUCUCAGCUUUUGAAGGCCAUCAACAAAAUUGCCCCUAGAUCUGUCUACACAACGGGUCGUGGUUCUUCCGGUGUCGGUUUGACUGCUGCUGUUAUGAGAGACCCUGUCACGGACGAGAUGGUCUUGGAAGGCGGUGCCUUGGUUUUGGCCGACAAUGGUAUCUGUUGUAUUGAUGAGUUCGACAAGAUGGAGGAGUCCGACCGUACUGCAAUCCACGAAGUCAUGGAGCAGCAAACAAUCUCUAUUUCUAAAGCCGGCAUCAACACCACUUUGAACGCACGUACCUCGAUUUUGGCCGCCGCCAAUCCCUUGUAUGGUCGCUACAACCCUAAGUUGUCUCCUCACGAGAACAUCAACUUGCCAGCAGCACUUUUGUCCCGUUUUGAUAUUAUGUAUCUCAUGUUGGACCAGGCCUCUGAGGCUGGAGACGAACAGUUGGCUCGCCACGUCACCUAUGUUCACCAGUACAACAAGGAACCAGCUAUGGGCUUCGAGCCACUCGACCCGCAAACUAUCCGCCAGUACAUCUCUAUGGCCAGAACUUACAGACCAACCGUUCCAAGAGAAGUCGGCGCAUAUGUUACUCAGGCAUACAUUAACAUGCGUAAGGAGUCUAAGAAGAAUGAAGACUCGGUCCGCAAAUUCGCCCACAUCACACCCCGUACGCUUUUGGCCAUCUUGCGUCUUUCACAAGCAUUGGCCAGAAUACGGUUUGUGAACACCGUCAGCAAGAACGAUGUUGAUGAGGCCUUGCGUCUCAUGGCAUGUUCCAAGCUGUCUAUGGACAUGAAGGAGUUCGAGAUGGAGGAUCCUAUCACCAUGAUCAUGCAGCAUAUUCGUACCAUGGCCAAGGAAAGCGGAAGCGCCGGUAUCAAUGUGGCUGAAUUGAACCAAAGAAUGGUUGCCAAGGGCUUUACCUUGGAACAGGUGAAGCAGUGUAUUGAUGACUAUUGUCAGUACGGUAUUUUCCAGCUCUUCGACAACAAUGAGCUGUUGUUGGUUGUUUAA